AUGCAUAGAAUCAUAUUGGUGCUUAUUGUUUGCAAUGUGCGCUAUCAAAGGCACCAAUCCAUGCAAUCGUUGACACAGCAGGAUGACAUUCUUCUUCACUUUUUGGUUUGUGAUUGCAAUCUUUGGAUUUUAUCUUGUGACGAAGCUCACCUUUGCUGUUGCGUUGCGCAAGAUACUUCCAAAAAUACAGAGAUUUCCCAAUUUAAUUGCUUUCUUCGAGAACACAUGCGGAAUCAGCUUCAGGGAAAGAGAAAACACAGAAAGAAACGUGUCUCACCGGUGCCGUCUAUAAAGACUUUCGCUGUGUCUUUUGCAACCAGACUUGCCUAUCCUGCAUUGGCGUUUUUAGCCAUUAGGAACAUUCGCAGCAAGUGUGCAUAG